GUACAAUUUGGCGGUGAAAUUGAAAACACAACAUGGCACAAAUCGAAAGAACUGUUGAAGUCUUUACAUUUCUUCCACUUGACAGUAUUAAAGAUGACUGGGUGAAAGCAGCAUGGGAGAGUGACUUCGCUGACCUAGAGUCGUCUCCCUCUGGUUUUGAAGAUGUCCUGCAAGAUGAUGGGUACUGUGUCAUUCAGCUGAAGUCUUGCAACGAUCUCCUCAAGGAAUGGCUUCUGCAGGAGGAAGCUGACACGGGAGAAGGUCUUUGGACUGUUAUGGUUGAAAAUGACAUUUCCUAUAAGAGCAUCAUUGCUCUGCUUGCAUUCCUGAUUGAGAGUGGAGGAAAGAUUACAUCAAUUGCUGCACAAAGAGAAGCCGCAGUUUUAUCAGCAUCCCUCUAUUUUAGAUUUGUUGCAGUUCCUGGAAGCAGUGCAUUCCGAAUCUACAAUCCUGAAUUAUUCCUGAAAGCGGUGGAUCUGUUGAAGAUGUGGACCAAACUUGGAAGCAGUAAGCGAAAACGCAGCUUGUCUCCGGUUCCCAGCAGCCAAGGUCACAAACACAAAGGAAGAAAGAAAAGCAAGAGUAACCAGAUGCAGACUGCCAAUCCGGAUCUCGAGGUCAGUGAGUUUCCCCCUGAAGCAGAAGAGGAGGAUGUGGAGCUGACGCCACAGGAAAUGUCUCGGCUAAGAGUGCUGAUGAAAAAUCUCAUGCAGGAUUUAGUUGUACUUUUAGAGAGAUAUUCUUUGAAGCAGUCGGAAUCCACCGCUCGGUAUUUAGUCCAGAUAUUUGCUGAGCUUACAAAACAUGAUGCAGAGGUCUUAGGCAAUGUAUUUGAUCAGUGGCCUCCGACUGAGCGCAUGUCUCUGCCUUGUUUGGCUUUCAAGGGAUUAAGUCUUCUGUGUAUUCCACUGCAUGGACAUGUGGUUUCACUAACCACUGCUGUUUUCCAUCAGGUGCUUCCUGCAGUCUUGAUGCUGAUUGGAUCAAAUAAAGCAAUAGCUGCCCAAACAAUACCAAGACCAGUGCUAACAGCCAGAGAUAAUGCGGUGGAGUUUGUCAAGUAUUUACUGAAGAAAGGUGGCGAUCGAAUAUAUCCAGCUGUCCGAACGUUAAUUCAGCAUGUGUGCACUAAAGUUCCUGACCGAGCCGAAUACCGGACAAAAGUGGCAGAGGGAGUUGUCCCCCUUCUCUGCAUUCUUCCGGAUGAAGCGUAUGCAAGGAUGAUGGAAUGGAUUGUCAAACUGUCAACUCACUCCAAGAUAAAUAAUCGUGGAUUUGCACUUGACAUUGUGACUCAGUUAUUGUCGUUGCCUGAAAGAAUUGUUGAAGAUGUUCCGGAAGAGUUCAUUCAGUACACCACACACCGCCUGUUGCUGGGAGUUCUCAUUGGCCGAUGUUCCGACGUGGCUCCCACAGUUCGUACAAGAGCAAUUGCUGGAUUUUCUCAGUGUCUGUCAUCAAGGGAUGAAGGAAUUAUUGGAGCCAUUAAGGAAAUUGUCACCCCUAAAACAGGUCAUAGGAAUGGCCCACCUCGACUUGUUCCAACACCAGGGGUGGAAGUAAGGAAAGAGCCACGUACAGAAUCUAGUUCAGAAGGGAAGAGCUUGGAAGACUCAUCUCGUGUUGAGCGAAAUGAUGAGAUGAACAACACUAACUUCAACUUUGUGGAACUGACCCCUGGAUUCAAUCCUGAUGUAUUGGAUAAUGAUGGGAUUUUGUCGAUGUUACGACGGCGAAGUCAAGAUGAAAAGGUUGGAGUGAGAAAGGCUGCCUUGCAAGCAUUGGAGAAUGUCAUUCGCUUUGAAGCUCCAAACUAUAGGAAACAGGAUGUUGAGGUGCUAGAGAAGCGGUGUGCUGAUCCAGCGUUGUCGGUGCGUAAACAGGCCAUGCAGUCGGUGACCGACCUCCUGUUCAGUAUGCCGGCAGAUACACACAUACACAGUACGUGGUUAAACGGAGUUCUUCCCCUUGUGAUUGACCGUGAAUCCACUCUUCAAGAAAAGUGCUUAGAGACUCUGGAGGAAAUAUUUAUACAGAAUAUUGUUCCACAUCACAGGUCAAAAGAACCAAACCACCUGCUGGUGUGGAGUCUUCUGCGAAUUAUGACGAGGCCAGAAAAUACAGACUUACGACGGUAUUUACAAAAGGCCUGUCAGCACUGGUCACGUGCUGGUCGACUUAAACCUGGGAUUGUAACCUCUUUACAAACUCACCUGGAAACGGAAAACAAUGAGGGAGCAUGGAUGCUUUUGGCAGAAAUAUCUUCAGCUUUUCCAAAGAUGGAUAAUAAGUUUCUUAUUACAUACUGGGAGAAUCACUCAUCUCAAAUGUCAGAGAGUUCUCAUCAGGUAACUUGGCGCAGAGUUCUGACAGUCAUGGGUAGCAUUGCAAAACACAUCACUGCUGAAACACGUUCAGAGUUCAUAGUUGAACUCAAGGAGCGACUGAUGAAAUUUGACUCACCCCCAGAAUUGAUUGCAGUAGUCAUCAAUACUCUGUCCAAGUUGUGUGAGGCAGAGAAAGAUGGACAAGACAGUCGGAGAGAGAAGGAAUCUUGGUGUGUCGAUCUGCUGAAGGAAUGUGAUGAAUAUUUAUCACGGAUAAUACUAGAUGAAGAAAACAUAAUUUGUUCCACGGAUGAGGAUCAGAUUGUGCGUCAUUUGUUUACACUGGGAGAAAUCGCUCAGCUGUGUCCUGCUAAGACACCCAAGCACGUCUACAUGUUGGUACAGAGCCUGAUCGCUGCCCCUUGUAUUACAGGUGAAAGUAUGACUGACAGCACAAACACUGUGACAUGUUCGCAGCCUGAAGGUGGCCACAACAAGUCGAGCGAGGACAACAAGUCAGGUGGUCACAACAAGUCGAGUGAUGACGGCCGCACCAGUGCCAUGUCAACACAGAGUAGUGGAAGUAGUGGUAGUCAGGCCACACAGAUGUCAUCGCAACAGUUGCAACCGCUGUCUCAGUUCAGAGGAUCCAAGAUGUCCAAUCGCAUCAGAGCUUAUGCCUUUAUUACACUUGGUAAGCUGUGUCUCCAGAAUGAGAACUUGGCGAAGAAGUGUAUCGCGGCUCUGGCUCGCGAACUCGAGAUCUGUACGGACUCCAUUAUCAGAAACAAUGUCAUUGUCAUCAUGUGUGAUCUGUGUGUCAGGUACACGACACUUGUUGACAGGUACAUCACUAACAUUGCUGUUUGCCUGAAGGACGCCUCACCGUUAAUCCGCAAACAGACUCUCACUCUGAUGACCAGACUGCUUCAGGAGGACUUCCUCAAAUGGAAAGGUGUGCUGUUCUACAGGUUUAUUACAACUCUGCUGGAUGACAACCAGGAAAUCAGGGAGUUCGCCGAGUUCUGUCUGGUUCAUCUCUUACUGCGGAGACAGCCGGCGAUGUUCUUUCAACAUUUUGUUGAGUGCAUCUUCCACUUCAAUGCUUAUGAUGGACACAGUGUUUAUAACAAGUUUUCCCAGACAGAAAGGGAAAAACAGAUGUUUUCUUGUCAUGGAAAGCAGAAUUUAAGAAAGCGCCAGAAGCUCUACUUGUUCAUGUUAGAACACAUGAUGGAUGAACAGCGAUUUAAGUUGUCAGCAAAAAUAUGUCAAGAUGUUCUGUGUUACGUGGUAGAUGGCUCCAUUCCACUGGAUGAGGAUGUUUCAGCCAUUUUACAGGAUUCUUUGAUGGUGCUAAGCAGCAAGGAAAUCAAGCUUGCAUCAAUGAAGGUGAAACCAAACGAAAACGAAGAACAGGAUAUGGCUACUGUUGUCAUGGCAACAGCUAAGAAGACCUUUCUUACCCAUAUUGUUAAGAAGAAUGUCAUAGAAAAUAUUGUCCCCAUAGUAAUAUCCCUUAAGCAUAUGCUGGAACGGCAUCGGUCUCCAGUGCUGAAAUACGUGAUGUUAUAUCUCGCAGAGCUGAUGAAGGACUACAAGAAUGAGGUCAAAGACAUUUUAUCCGCUGACAAACAACUUGCCCAUGAGAUUGAAUUUGACAUGCGUAAGUUUGACGAGCAGCAGGCAAAUGCAGAAAAGCAGAGACGAGAAAACACUCCCACACAGAGAAAGCACAUGGGAUUGGCCGGUUCUCCUUUGACCCCUGCAUCUCCAAGGUCACCUGCAGUGGGUUCCCCAAGGUCAACUGCUGGGCAGACGCCUAGGUCUUCUACUGCUGGUCAUGGACUUUCUGCUGAUGUCCAGGAGGAAUCGGCUAGCCAUGAAGUUGGGAAAUCCCCUACAGGUAUUCAAGGAAAGUCGCCUGCUGGUGUUCAGGGGACGUCACCUGCUGCAACAGUUGAAGCUUUGUCACCAGGAGUUACUUCCCCCAAGUCAAACUCUCCAUCAGUUAGCAGGUCACCUCUGGCUGAUGUUCCCUCUACUCCGAAACAGAUGAAUGAAAACUCGCUGGCUGGAACACCAGCAAGGAACACACCUCUGUCCACUCUUGCCAUUCUGAACUCAGCACGCAAGGUUGCGGAGAGAGCAAGGUUUUUGCGAGAAGUGCGGGAUUCACCCAGACAGAAAGGAAGCACGAAGUCGGUAACCCAGCAGAUAAGAGAGCGGACAAAGUCUGGUGUAACGUGGCAUGACAGGGAAAGUCAAAGUUCCGAAACGGAAAUGCUCAAGGAUUCAUCUGUUGAAAGUGCCAAAACUCCACGCAACUUCAGAACUAAAAGCCGUGCUAUUAGUACUCCCAGCGGUAAACUUGGCAACAUUACGUUUGUGGCCGAUCAGAAUGUGACCCUCAUUCCGCCGUCACCAAUCGCCAACUCGUCACAACUGGCCGACACAGACACAGAAGGAGAAGAUUCAAUUUGUACUCGCUCAAAGAGCAAGUAUAUUGUCUACAUGUUUUCACCAGAAAAACAACCUCCAAAGCCACGUCAAUGGAAUGUAAAGUCUCCAAGUGUUCCGGUUGGCGAGAAGAAUAAAGAAAACGUCAGCACCCGGUCUUCAGAUGAUGGACUUUCAAUUGACAGCUCUGCAUCUCAGUCAGGUGCUCCACUUCGAAGGAGGAGUUCAAGAAGGAAGAACAAAUCUUAAUGGCUGAUAUAUAUCAGAUAUAUGAAACAUUGUUGCAUAUAUUAUCUUGCCACAGGUGCCGUAAAUGGGAAAUGUUUGAUAUUGGAUGAUACGAUUAACUAGAAAGGCAAGAGUUCCAAUCAUUAGGCCCUUUUCUCCCCUGGGUCACUGAAUACAAGACUAACCCUGGGUUUCUAUGUUUGCCAAAAAAAACCCAUAAAUCUUAAAUUUCUUUUGCCACUUUCAAUGUUUUUAUAAGUACAUGGUCAUUUUGGUUGAAAUAUUAAAAUUAUAUGCUUUGUAAUAUUAAAAAAUAUGCUAAGAAAUUUGGCAGAUUUAUUUUUAAUUCAUCUAUUUGUGGAAUGUCCCGCUAAUGUCUCAAGUGUCAUUUAAUUAAAAAAAAUUACAUUGUGUAUGAAUACAUGUCAUAUCACACCUGAAAUGUUUAUAAAUGCUCAGAGAUGUGAAAUGGGUCAAUUUUACUUGGUGCUUUUUAUGUUUCUCUAUAACUUGCAAAGUUAUCAAAUUUUAAGUGUGUUAUAUAAACUAUCACAUAAUUUUAUUUUAUUGGACAUGCUAUCUAUUAUAUGAUUAAAAAAAUAUUCAUAACUGUUUUUAUAGUGAUAUAUUUUUAUAGUCAUUAGAAAAGUUCAUUUCUAAAACACAAUAUAUGGCAAUUUUUAAUUUUUGAGUUAGGAAUGAAGGUACAACUCAGCAGUACGACAAAAGAAUUUUUGUUAUUUAAAAUGCAAUCUAUGUUGAUUAAACAGGAUUUUAAAACUGCUUCGUGUGAUAUAUGUCCUGUUGUAGCAAAAAUAUUUUCUUAAAAUAACAUUUUGAAAUUGAACUCUUAAUUUAUAUAUAUUAUAUACAUGGGCAUUUGGUUCCUGGUUGAAAUUUCUAAAUCUACCUAUACCGUUUAAUGACAUUAAUGGAAUAAUAACAAAACGUAUAUGGGUCGAUUCCUAGAAUGAUAAUCUUUCUACCUAUACCGUUUAAUGUCAUUAAUGGAAUAAUAACAAAAUGUAUAUGGGUCGAUUCCUAGAAUGAUAAUCUUUCUACCUAUACCGUUUAAUGUCAUUAAUGGAAUAAUAACAAAACGUAUAUAG